GAUAUUGCUCCAUCCACUUUUUUCUUACUCUAAACACACUGACACAGUUAGAUCUGCUUCCUCUAUCCAUCCAUGGAAGCUUUACUUUCCCAAUUCACCUUCCUCUCAGAGCAGGCCCUUCAAGACAAGAACUUUGACCCUUCCACAAUUGAAGAUCUGAUGAAGCUGUUCGAGAUUGAAUCCUACAAGGCAUGGGCAGCUGCUGAACUGGAGCAAGACAGAGAGGUGGAGGAAGCAGAAGCUGGCAUGCAAGAAGCUGAAGAGUACCUUGACUCGGUCAUGGAGACUGCCAUGGAUGAGUUCAGACGCUUCGAAGAAGAGCUUGAGAGGAUGGCAAAAGAUGAAAUGGAAAACCUUGUUCAAACUGCUGAAAGAGCCAGAAAAAUGGGAAACUUGAUGGAAAAAGGUGCCUCUGUUGCUUCCAAGAAGUAUAUUGAGGCUGCUCUCAAUUCAGCCACUGCUUCCAUGAAAUCAGCUUGGAAAGGUCUCUCUUCUGGAAAGGUUCAUCCUUCUUAAUAUAUCUCCAAUUUCCCAUACCCCUUUUCUUCAUUAUAUAUGUAUUAUUCACUUCAGGUUAAACCUGUCAUUAAAUAUAUUUCAUACCCCUUUUAUUCUUUCUUGUUAUUUCUACAUUGCUGCUUUGGAAAAAUAGAAACUUUAUUAUAUCAGAAUUGUACCAAUUGAGAUGCUGAAGAACAUUCAGCCAAAACUGUAAGCAGAAAACAUAUUCACUGUUGUUUAUAAGGCCAAAGGCCAAAUCCAUGGUUUGAUUUGAGUGUA